AUGGCCGUCGACCGCUCCUCAGACGCCGCAAUCCAAAAACGCAUCCUCACCCACCUAAACGCCGACCACGCCCCCUCCCUCUCCCUCUACCUCCAACACUACCUCUCGCUCCCCGCCUCCGUGGCCACCAACCCAACCCUCACCUCCAUGACCCUCGAUUCCCUCACCUUCCGCACUAACAACGGUCAAACCCACACCAUCCCGCUCGACCCCCCGAUGAAAUCCUACGCCGAAGCACGCGCGCGGACCGUAGCCAUGGACGCCGAAGCGCGGAAGGGGUUAGGACUCAGCACCAUCGUGUUGGACACAUACGUCCCGCCCACCAGCGCGGUGCAUUUGACAAUUGCCUUUUUGGUGCUCUGCGGAUUUACGUCUUUCCUCACGAAUCCAUAUAUCGUGCCCGGGACCUACGUGCACGACAAAGUGCUCCCCUAUUUCCCCGGCGGUCCGGGCUGGUUCAUUUGGAUAUCACGGAGUAUCGCUGUGCCGGUGUUGUUGAUCCAUAUCGUGGAGAGCGUGGUGAUGGCGCGGCGGUUGCGACGGUAUAAUGUGGAGAGAUACGGUGGGUUGUGGUGGAAAUGGAUGGUUGGGACGUUUGUGGAGGGGUGGGGGAGUUUUCAACGGUUUGAUGAGGUGGUGGGGGCGAAGAGGAGGGAGAAGGAGAAGGGUGGGCAUUGA